UUCACCCAUAUCAGAGAGUUAAACCAGCACACAUCACGUCAGCAUGAACUACGCCACAGUGUGCUUUGUCACUUUUUUCAUGUACAUUUCUAUAUGUGAAGUGCAAUCACAAUAUGACUAUGAUUAUGGAGAGAACGUACCCAAAAACUGCAACACAUCUGAGUCCAUCACUGGAGGCAUGGUGGAGUAUUCCAAUGGUGGAGCUGUAGGAAGUCUGCUAACUUAUCGCUGCAGAGAUGGAUUUGAACCUUAUCCAAUCACCCAAAAAGUCUGCAGCUCUGAUGGAGAAUGGAAGCCUAAAGUAUCCAGGGUCAAAUGUGAAGAAACCAAUGAUUAUGGAGAUUAUGAGGAAACACAGAAGAACUGCACUUUGGAUGUGUCCAUAAAGGGAGGUAGCGUGUCCUACUCCAAUGAGGGACUGGUGGGAAGUGUGCUGACCUAUCACUGCAAAACAGGACACUACGCCUUUCCAGCAAUGCAAAGAGUCUGUGACAAAGAUGGGGAAUGGUCAGCCCUGAUACUCCCAAAUGGACAGAGAAAACGUGAUGCUGUGUGCAAGGAGAUCCUUUGCCCUGCUCAGCUUCAGCUUGAUAAUGGGCAGUUCUGGCCCAGGAGACAGUGGUUCAAGAUUGGAGAAAAGCAGACAUUUUCUUGUAAUGAAGGAUUUAUUUUGACUGGAUCUGUUGAGCGAAACUGCACUCAGUGGGGUGGAUGGACCGGUACUACACCCGUUUGUGAUGACCAGUCGGAGGACUGCAAAAACCCAGGCACACCUCCAGGAGCCUUACGUUCUGGGCACCGCUUUCAUAUCGGAGACAAAGUGCACUACCUGUGUCAGUCAGGUCUGGAUAUGCUCGGCUCCUCUGAGAGACAGUGUUUGGAUUCAAGGGAAUGGAGCGGAGCAGAACCACGCUGCUAUGCCCAGUACACAUAUGAUCAACCAGAUGCUGUGGCUCAGGCCCUAGGAGGAUCUCUGACCGCGGUCAUGGACGUGUCACACCCUGACUUCAAAAAGAAAGAGCAAGCUUUGGGCAGGACUAUCAGGGUCGCAGAAGGUCGUCUGAACGUCUUCAUCCUUUUGGACACAUCUGCCAGCAUUUCACCGGAGAGUUUUCACUUAGCAAAGAAUGCCACUAUGCAACUUGUGCAGAAGCUGGACAGCUAUGAAGUGACCAUGAGGUUUGGCAUCUUCUCGUAUGCCAGUGAGACCAAAGAAAUCGUGUCCAUUACAAACGACCUGAGUCAAGAUGUGCAUUACGUCAUGAGGAAACUACAGGAGUUUAGCGAUGAAAGCCACGGGAGUAAGAGAGGCACCAAUCUGCAUGAUGCCCUACACAGGGUGUACGAGCAGCUUGCUCUCCUCAAAGUGAACAAGAAAAGUCACUUCAAUGAGACCCAGAACGUCAUAAUCAUCGCAACCGAUGGUUACUCUAAUAUGGGACCCAGCCCACAAAUCGUUUUACCCAAGAUCCGAAACUUACUUGGCUACAAACCAAACUCACAAGACCACACACAAGAGGAGCUCCUGGAUGUCUAUGUGUUUGCUGUUGGACAACAAGUUAACAAGAAAGAACUCACAAGCAUUGCCUCUCUCAAGAAAGAUGAGCGUCAUGUUUUUGUUCUGAAGGACUACAGACAGCUCGGGAUUGUGUUCAAUCAAAUGAUCAGUGAUUCUGCCGUGACUAAGUGUGGAGUGGCACAAGAGGCGCAGGACAAAUCUGAAAGCACUUACACCACCAAACCUUGGCACGUCGAUAUUUACUGGGGACCUCGAACAUGCAGAGGGUCUAUUCUGACCAAGAACAUGGUGUUGACAGCUGCACACUGCUUAAUAAAAGUGGAUUCGAAUGAAUCUAUAUCAACAGCCAGUGCUUCAGAUAUAACAGUUCAACAUGGUAAUGGCAAUGUUAAAGCCAUGGAGCUGAUUCUUCAUCCACGGUUUGAUGUGAGAGGCCUUCAGGACAAGAAUGUCAAAGAGUUUUAUGAUUACGACAUUGCUUUGAUUAGAUUGAGUGAUAUUAAAAUAUCUAAAAAUGCAAGGCCCAUUUGUUUGCCUUGUACCAGUUCAUCAAAUCGUGCUCUACGAUUGGCUCCAGACUCUACAUGUGACCAGCACAAGAAUAUGCUGCUGCAUCUGGAUGAGACUCCGGCUCAGUUCAUCAGACAGGGAACCCAUCGAUCAGACACCCGCAUACAUAUCGGUGCAAAAAGAGGUUCAUGCAUAGAGGAGGCAAGAUCCACCAUUCCUGAGCACAGCACCGCAUCUCUGUCAGAAGUGAUCACAGACCGGUUCAUGUGCACUGGAGGAACAGAGAAAAACAGAGUAGAGUUGACUUGUAAAGGGGAUUCUGGAGGACCUCUCUUUCUGCGUAAGAGGAUGCGAUAUUUCCAAGUGGCAGUGGUGAGCUGGGGCACGAAGCAGAUCUGUGACUCACAGACCAAUGUCAAAGAAUGGCCUCAGGAUGCCAGAGAUUUCCACAUCAGUGUGUUUCCUCUGAUGCCCUGGCUCAAGCAGCACCUUCAGAAGGAUCUGACAUUUCUUCCUUAGAACAAGCCAGAAUAACGGCCGAUUGCAAUGCAGUUUACAGACUUACAAGCUUCAGUGCAAGAGAAUAAACAAUGUGACUAAAAUAAGAUUAUGAUUGCAUUUAUGAUGACUUUUUUCAUAAUCCCUGCUGAAAGAUUCUUUGCAUUAGACACUACAAAUUUACAUUUAAUAAAUGACUAUUUAAAAGGA